AUGGCAUUUUCUAAGGAUGUUCUGAGGUGGCGGUUAAUUGGAGAAGGUUACAGCAGCCAGCUGACUGUUGAUGAGCAGAGAUACAUCUUCAGGUUGGCCUUCAGAAUGUGGAGUGAGGUGUCUCCGCUGGAAUUUGUUGAAGAUACCUGGUCACCAUUGGAGGAUGUUGAUAUCAAGCUGGGCUUUGGCACAGGAAGACAUCUGGGAUGUAAUCAAAAGUUUGAUGGUACUGGUCAGGAAUUUGCCCAUGCGUGGUUCCUGGGAGAUAUCCAUUUUGAUGAUGAUGAGUAUUUCACUGGUCCCAGUUCUCACACUGGUAUAAGCCUCCUUAAAGUAGCAGUUCAUGAGAUCGGCCAUGUUUUGGGGCUGCCUCAUAUCUACAGGCCUGGAUCCAUAAUGCAGCCCAGCUAUCUGCCCUAUGAAUCCAGCUUUGAGAUGGACUGGAUGGACAGGAAAGCUAUUCAGCAUCUAUAUGGUGGGUGUAAAGGCCGGUUCAGCACUGUGUUUGACUGGAUCAGGAAAGAGAAGACGCCCUACGGGGACAUAAGGAUCCGCUUCAACACGUACUUCAUGAGAGAUGGCUGGUACUGGCUGUACGAGAACAGAAACAACAGGACACGAUACGGGGACCCAGUCGCGCUGCAAAUUGGCUGGCAUGGGAUUCCCAGUGAUGGAGUAGAUGCAUACCCUGUCACUGUUGAAGGUCUGCAGUUCUGGAGAUACGACAAUGAGAACGACCGGGUGUUUAGACACGACUCUGAGGGUCGCCGGUAUCCGAGGCUAAUUUCUGAGGGCUUCCCAGGGAUUCCCAGUCCUAUUGACUCAGCCUUUUAUGACAGGAGAGACUCCCACAUCUACUUCUUCAGAAGAACUCAAGUGUAUGCAUUCAGCGUGGAAACAAACAGCUUGGCGAGUGGCUUCCCCAAACACAUCCGAGAUGUUUUCCCUCCAGUGGAGAGCGGAGACCAUCCAGAUGGCAGCAUCGACGCUGCCUACUUCUCCUACUCCCACAAUGCCCUCUUUCUGCUCAAGGGUACGCGCUUCUGGCGAGUGGUGGGCAGCCGCGAACGCUGGCGCCGGCCCUUUCUGCCGCGAAAUGGCUUGAUGCCACACAAGGAGGUGGAUCAGCAGUGGUUCGACAUCUGCGAUGUUCAUCCCACCUCGCUCAAACUAAGCCGCUGA